CAAUGCCGCGCACUCUUUGGUAGAAGUUUCCCUACACACACACACACACACACACACACACACAAAUGUCAGCAGAGUUUGUCAAUCUGUCACUUUGCAAGGCGGGGUGCAUUUAACGAGGAAAGAAGACAACAUGGACGCGUUAACUUUCUGACAGCCGCUUUGGAACGACUUCCGAUGAAUACCCGGUGGCUGCUUUUUUGUUGAAACACGCCAUACGUGGCUUUGCUAGCUUCUCCUGUCCUUAAAUUUGACAACACCCAUGCGCGUGUCAGAGAAGUGACCAUGCUAGCCACCGUUAGCAUCUACUGCUAGCUAUGCUUUUCGAUUCUUAGCCGUUACUAUUAUUUGUAGGUUUUAGUCGACAGUUAUUUAUUUGACAGUUUAUUCCCCCCAACGAAAGAGGACGAAGACAUGGGACUGCACCCGCUGGAAUUCAGUGAAUGCUAUCUGGACAGCCCCAGCUUCAGGGAGAAAAUUAAGGCUCACGAAGCAGAGCUGGACAAAACCAACAGGUUCAUCAAGGAGCUCUACAAGGAUGGCAAGAACCUCAUCAACGCCACGAAACAGUUGGGGAUGGCACAGCGCAAAUUCGCGCAGUGCUUGGGAGAGUUUCAGUUUGAGUACAUCGGCGACGCAAAGACGGACGAUGAGCGGUGCAUUGAUGAGUCAUUGCAGGAGUUCUCCUCAUUCCUCAAGAACCUGGAAGACCAAAGAGAGCUGAUGAUGAGAAACAUCACAGAGACCCUCAUGAAGCCCCUGGAGAAGUUCCGGAAAGACCACCUCGGCACAGUAAGGGCGGAGAGGAAAAAGUACGAGAAGGAAACAGAGAAGUACUACAGCUCGUUGGAAAAGCUUCUGAAUAUGUCUGCAAAGAAGAAAGAGCCGCAGCUGCAAGAGGCAGACAUCCAGGUGGAAACCAUGAGGCAGCACUUCCAGGAGGAGUCGCUGGACUACGUGUGCAAGCUGCAAGAGAUCCAGGAGAGGAAGAAGUUUGAGUGUGUGGAGCCGAUGCUGGCCUUCUUCCAGACGGUCUUCACUUUUUACCACCAGGGUUUUGAGCUCGCCAAGGACUUUGACCAUUAUAAACGAGCGCUACAGAUCAAUAUUCAGAAUACGAGGAGUCGCUUUGAGGGUGCACGCUCCGAGGUCUACGAGCUCAUGAAAAGGAUCCGGGAGGCGCCUCAAGACUACAGACAGACUAGUGCCAUCAGCUGUGAAGGCUACCUCUAUGUCCAGGAAAAACGGCCGCCCCCAUUUGGUUCCAGUUGGGUGAAACGUUAUUGCACCUUUGUCAAAGAGCAGAAAAUCCUGCAUAUGGUGACGUUUGACCAUAGAUCAGGUGGAAGGAGUGGUGAAACGGAGUCGGUCACCCUCAAGUCCUGCCUUCGCAAAACGACAGACAUGUUGGACCGUCGCUUCUGCCUGGAUCUGGACAUUACGGAUCGGCCAGGAACGGCCCUCACUGUGCAGGCUCUUUCAGAGGGUGACCACAAGUUCUGGAUGCAGGCCAUGGGUGGCAAGGAACCUAUUGGACACUAUCUGGGAAGAACUUGUUCUAAGGAGAGAGGAAUUGAUGCCCAGCUUGACGAGGUGGGCUUGAAUUUUGUGAAGAACUCCAUCAGCGCCAUAGAAACAAGAGGUAUAAAUGACCAAGGCCUGUACAGAGUUGUGGGAGUAAGCUCCAAGGUCCAGAAGCUCCUCUUAUUAAUGAUUGACGAAAAGAGCACCGACGUGGAUCUGUCCGCCAGCGAGGACUGGGACGUCAAGACCAUAACGAGCGCACUGAAGCUGUACCUGAGGAGCCUUCCCGAGCCACUGAUGACCUACGGACUUUACAAAGAGUUCAUCAGCCCUGCGAAGGGCGGCAGUCCAGAGUCUCGAAUCCAGGCCGUCCACUGCUUGGUCCACAAGUUACCGGAGAGGAAUCGACAAGUCCUGGGGCUGUUUAUGAAGCAUCUGGCCAAUGUGGCCGCCCACAGUAAACAGAACCUGAUGACGGUGGCGAAUCUGGGCGUGGUGUUCGGCCCGACGCUGAUGAGGCCGCAGGAGGAGACAGUCGCUGCCAUCAUGGAUCUGAAGUUCCAGAACAUCGUAGUGGAGAUCCUCAUUGAGCACCAUGAAAAGAUCUUUGCAGACGCUCCCGAUUCAUGCCUCCUUUCACCGACCGCCCCAGUCUUCUGUGCUCCAACCAGGCAGUCCAAGAAGCUGAAUCGACAGAACCGUCCCCUUGCUGUCUACAAUCCACAAGCUCUGGACAUUCAGACCGCGUGCGACACCACCAAUCUCGCAGCAGAUGAAGCAUCCAUGGGCAGCAAUGAGUCCGUGUCAUCCCAGUCCUCGUCCACUUCUGUGCCGGAGAUGUCGUCGGACAGGAGCGACCACGUCCCGCUCAGCGCCAGCCUCUCCUCGGGCAGCAACUCCAGAAAUCCCACCACUAGCCCCUUUUUCCUUUAACGGAAUGACACUUGAUCGCCCUCCUCAUCCUGUUACUGGAGCUCCGUGCCAGGAUCAAAAAGCCAUGGAUGGGACGCUGCAGGGCAGGUUUCCUGUUUCCUAAUGAGAAGCAGGAGUCCACUUUAGCUGCUGAUGAAUUUCUGACUGCCGCUAAUCUGGCAACACGCGAUAGUGUAUGAUAACCCGAAUCACACAAUCUGGUGCACCCUUGGCAUUUGAACACGAUUUGACCUUACAUUUGUCUCCAUUUGCUAUUCCAUAAACUUCUAAGUAUUGCAAAGUAAAGUCACAUUCCAAAAACAUGCUAGGUUAAUUAAUUGGCGACUCCAAAUUGUCCAAUAGUCCAAUAAUGUGAGUGUGAAUGGUUGUUUGCCUAUAUGUGCCCUGUGAUUGGCUGGCCACCAGUCCAGGGUGUACCCUGCCUCUCGCCCAAAAGACAGCUGGGAUAAGCUCCAGCACGCCCGCGACUCUUGUGAGGAUAAGCGGGAGAAAAUGAAUGAAUGAUGUUUUGUUGUUUUGCAAAUUUGGAGUGGUCAGACCGGAGCAGGAGGGAAUAGAAAAGAAAAAAAAAAAAGAAAACAAAGGAGGGAGUGCAUUUUUAGACAAAAAGUCUAAACGACGAUGCCACAACGAUGCUACUCCGGUUUCCUCCCACAUUCAAAAAAAAAACCAUGCUAGGUUAAUUGGCGACUCCAAAUUGUCCAUAGGUAUGAAUGUGAGUGUGAAUGGAUGUUUGUCUAUAUGUGCCUUGUGAUUGGCUGUGUACCCCGCCUCUCGCCCGAAGACAGCUGGGAUAGGCUCCAGCACCCCCACAAGCGUGUAUGCCAUUCCCGCCACCAGUUGUUGAUGAUGGCCGCCACUUUCCAGAACAAAAACAAACAGAAAGACUGGAAAUAAUACACAAAGUUAAAGCAGUUAAAGACAGCUGGGAUAGGCUCCAGCACCCCGGCGACCCUCGUUAGGAUAAGCGGUAGAAAAUGAAUGAAUGAAUUAAAAAUACAACUGUAAUUUUCAUCACAUCAGUGCUAGCUACUGUACCUAUGCUAACCAAGUCUCCUACAAAUUGAAGCUAGAAAGCCAGCAUCUGGAGAGCGAAAUAUUGGGACACACAGAAUGCUUUGCUCGCACAAGUCCCCAUUUACUGUAUUUAAUCAUGUUUACAGAAGAAGCUUAACUCGCUCUCUGAUGAGCUGAAAACAACAGAUGAGCCAUUCAAAAGCCGGUUGCUAUUUUUUGCCCCAGAGGAAAAAAAAAAAAAAAAAAAACGGCAAAUGAGCGAUUUCCCUCGCUUUGGCUUAGCUGUAAUUGUGACAGCAAUUUUUGGGAUGAAUCCAUUUACGUCUGCCGCAUUUAACAAGUUUCUAGGGCAAAGCCGCGUGGCGCCCGCCCAUGUCCAUUUUACUCACUGUGUAGAUUUAUUUGGAUCGUUCUAAUCCAGUCCCACAACUGGUAGAGCGGAUUGGCUGUUGGUUACUUUGCUGCCCCACCCUGCUUGGUUGUCACACAGGCAGGUUCCAUGCUGCACCGCGCCAGGAGGGGCCGUGCCCCAUCAGCCGGGCCUGAACAGAGUAUUUCAGAAACAGUGCUGGUGAAACCCAAAUCCGGAUCUUUCCUCCCUUCCAGUCCGUCUAUCUCUCCUCCACCAAGGUAGCCGCAUCCCCUCGACCUCCAGCCCCUCCCUGGCCGCUCCCCUCUAAUUGCCUUGAUUAGUGUCUCUAUGGGAGCGGCAGCUCGGAGCAAUUUGCCCAUUAUGUGAUGUAUUAGUACUGGCCCUGGGGCAGGCAUGGAACACAGAGGGAUGCCUGACUUAAACUCUGCGUUUGCUUGGACCCCCCGCCUGUCACCCCCCCAUACGUCGGACAUGGAUUGGGCAGGUCUGACAGCAGGCGAUGUAAAGCACAGCUGUUGAUGCUCCUGAUCAGAUACAUAGCAAAAACCUAAGAUGAGGUUCAACUCCGCUAAGUACACAAACCCAGCUGACUGUCAUAGUGUCAGCAUUUCACCAGUAGUAUAAUUAUAAUCAUUAUUAUUACAUUAUUAUUAUUAUUAUUAUUAUUUCUAGAAGAGAGGAGAAAUAUGAUCUCAGGGAAGAAGUACAUUUGAAACACUUCUAUGCUAGGACUACGUUAAAAAGCCAUAGUAUUUCAGUAUGUGGAAUCAAACUAUGGAAUGGAUUGAGUAAGGACCUCAAACAAUGCACAACGAUGAGCCAAUUCAAGAAACAAUACAAGCAGUUGAUGUUUGCUAAAUACAAAGAUGAAGAGUCUUGAACCAGUCAUGAUGUGCUAAAAUUAAAAUUAAAAUUAAAAAAUACUUAAACUAUAUUAGGAAAGCAGGAAGUGAACAAAUGCAAGUUACUGAUUGUAAAAGUACCGUUAUGUCAUUGUAUGGUCAUAUCACCUCGUACUUCGGUAUUUGACAAAAAAUUAAAAUUGAUUAAUUAAAUAAAUUUUAAAAAUAGUAAAAAAAAAAAUUAAAUAAAAAUAUAAAAGUAAAAAUAAAAAAUAUAUUUAAAAAAUAAUACAAAUAUAAAAAUAAAGAUAAACAAAUAAAGUUAAAACAAGGGGUAGGAUUGAAUAUGCUUUGCUUCUUCCUACUCCUUUUGGACAUGUGGAACUGUGAACUGAUUAUGGGAUGCACUCAAUUGUAAUCUGAUGCAUGUUCAAAUGAAAUAAAACCAUUACCAUUACCAUGAUUCACCAUGAUUUUCAUGAUGUUUAUGUCGUCCUAAAAAUACCCCCAAAGACUGAUAUGGAGCUCUCUUCUCUGAAAACGUCUGGCAGUGAACGAGUUAAGGAGCUGACUAGAGCUUCAAAAUGAAAAAAAAAAAAGAUAAGAAAUUGGAGUGAAACCAAAAAAAAAAAUAUUGCCAAGAACUGUUAAAUGGGCUGAUCAGCUGAUCAAAAGACCAUAAAAAACCAAAAAAAAACUAAACCCCGCUGGAUUAGCCAGUAGGAUUUCAACCAGUUUAAGGCAGUUCCUGUAUUAAAAUAUGGUGGUCAGCUGUGCCAAAAGCUGCGUUAAGAUCUAACAGAACCAGUACAGAAACAAGACCUUUGUCUGAAGCAACAAGGAGGUCCUUAGUAACUUUUACAAGUGCUGUUUAGAUGUUGUCUAAACCCGAACUCAAAGUGCUUGGCAACCGCGGAUAUUGGUCUAUAAUUAGAUAAGAGAUCUGGAUCAAAGUUAGCUUUUUUUUUUUUAACAUAGCCUGUUAUUAAAUACUUAUUAAUGAUGUUGAGUACAGCAGUGCCAGUCAGUGGUAGAGUAUCUUUAAAUGGGACUUAUUGUCAUUUUUUUCCACUGUAAGGGUCUAAAAAUGAGCAUAAUUGGUCCCAAGUAAGAAUCACAUGUAAUAAACAAGUUGAUGAGUUCGAGAAAGAAGUUGUAGAAAAAAAAAAAACCUUAGUACAAAAAGUGUUUAAGUACGCAUUCGUCAUUUGCACUUCAUCUAAGGGCAUCGCACUUGAGGAACGAUUUUCGCCGUUUGAUGGAAGUCGGUGAUUGAUUUUGUCUAGUCUAGUAAUAGUGACAAUUUUAUUGUCGACAAAUGCCAUGAACUCAUCACCACCGAGAGUGAUAGAAAUGGAUGGGUCGAUGGUGCUGUGACACUUUGUCAGCCUGGCUACAAAACUGAAGAGAAAUGUGUGGUCCGUCGGGAUUUCGAUUAAAGAUGAGUAAUAGAUGGAUAGUAAUAGAUUACUUUAACAUUUACAGAGGGCGUUCUGAAUAUUUGAAGGCCGAAUCGGAAUACUAUGUCUUUGCCCUCCCCACUACUUACCGUCACUAUCAGACUCUAAGAAUAUGGGCGUCAUGUUUUUCCCAGGCUGAAUGAUUUGCUAGUAAAACGGUAGAAUGUUAUUUCCGUCAUUCCACCCUCAUUCCAUCCCCGCUCAUCCGCAACCUCGGCAUCCUCCUGGACCCUACCCUUUCUUUCAAACCCCAUGGAUUGAGUAAGGACCUCAAACAAUGCACAACGAUGAGCCCGUUCAAGAAACAAUACAAGCAGUUGAUGUUUGCUAAACACAAGGAUGAAGAGUCUUGAACCAGUCAUGAUGUGCUAAAAUUAAAAUUAAAAAAUACUUAAACUAUAUUAGGAAAGCAGGAAGUGAACAAAUGUAAGUUACUGAUUGUAAAAGUACCCGUUAUGUCAUUGUAUGGUCAUAUCACCUCGUACUUCAGUAUUUGACAAACAAUUAAAAUUAAAAUUAAUUAAUUAAAUUAAUUUUAAAAAUUGUAAAAAAAAAUAAAUAAAAAUAUAAAAGUAAAAAAAAUACUUCAAAAAAUUAUACAAAUAUAAAAAUAAAGAUAAAAAAAUAAAGUUAAAACAACAAAAAAACUUAAAUUAUAUUAGGAAAGCAGGAAGUGAACAAAUAUAACAGUUACUGAUUGUAAAAGUACCAGAUGGAGGGGUAGGAUUUAAUAAGCUUUGCUUCUUCCUACUCCUUUUGGAAAUGUGGAACUGGGAACUGAUUAUGGGAUGCAUUCAAUUGUAAUCUGAUGCAUGUUCAAAUGAAAUAAAACCAUUACCAUUAUUCACCAUGAUUUUCUGCAGCCUGUGUUGUGUUUAUAUGUUAUAUGUUUAUAUAUAUCACUAUAUUGACACUUACUAUGGUACCCAUUAUGUCAUUGGAUGCUCAUAUCACCUCCUACUUCGGUAUGUGACAAAAAAAUAAAUAAAUAAAAAAAAAACUUAAACUAUAUUAGGAAAGCAGGAAGUGAACAAAUGUGACAGUUACUGAUUGUAAAAGUACCAGAUGGAGGGGUAGGAUUUAAUAAGCUUUGCUUCUUCCUACUCCUUUUGGACAUGUGGAACUGUGAACUGAUUAUGGGAUGCGUGAGAAUAACAGAUGAGCACCGUUGGGUGUGGAAACUUCCAAUAGUGCCUCGCUUUAGCAAGCUUAAGAUUAACUUUGUACAACAGUGCUUAGCUUAGCUUAGCACUUAGCAUUCCCGAGCAGCCGAGGAAGCAGGGGAGACGGGGUGACAGAUGGGCACGACUCGAAGCACAGAAUCCACCGUUCAGCCCCGAGGGUGAUAGCUCGCCUCGCAUGUCUAACAGGUUUUCUCAUUGUCGUUCUCUCGGGUCCACUUCCCAACCUGGCAAGUGAUGACAUGUUUAGCAGCAUGUCAUCA